AUGAAGAAAAGAACCGGUCGCCGACAACAGAAAAGAGUCACAACGUCACUGAUGUUUCCGUUGCUUCAUUCCCAAAUUAUCGAUGCUGUCGGCAAGGACAUAUGUCCAGCUUGGGAAAACAACGCACAGCAGGACGGUCAAUGCACCAAUGAUUACGACACAAACGUAUCUGGCCGGUUCAGAUGUUCCAAUCGGGCAUGCUUCAAAGUCUGGGGCAGUGGCCUGGUGGCGAUUCGAAUAAUGGCAUUCGAUGGCAAUCGCUACAAUGCCAUCGUCUACAACCAGCAUUGCAAAAAAUGCAACAGCCUCGGAAUCAUGAAGCUCGACGAAGCCCGCUAUGUCGAGAGAGUGUUCGGCAGGAAACACCACCCUAUCAAGAGAAAAGUGGUCCCCCGCAUAUGGACGAACUUUGCGAAGGAUGUAUUCAAGGCCAUUGUCGGCAGGGAAACCGCGAUGAUCUCAUCUCUGGAUUCCAAAAUUUGGCUCUCAGCUGAUUUGGGAGGGAAGUCUGACAAGCCGUCUCCCAUCAUGCCGCGCUGGAUCGAAGUAGCGAUCCGGGCCUUGUGCCGCUCCAGGAGCUUGGUCUCGAGUUUGGUGUCUGAGGUGGCGGGACAUCGUGCUCUCCGUAUUUAUAACUUUGAUAGUAGCGCCCAGCAGAUCACAGCACAUCCGAGGCAGAACGCAUCGCUCAGCAACCCGCCGAACUGA